AUGUUGCGAGUAUUUCGUCUUCAGCCUAGAAUUCAACUGCGUUCUUUAAGUCAGGCUACUCCUCUAUUCAAGCUUAAGGAUCACGGUGAUCCUUUCCCUGAUCUAGCUAUUCGCCACUCUUCUGAAGCAGCCUUGGAUAGCUCUUAUCCCAACUUGCCACCUAUUCCUCGGCCCAACGAAACAACAGAGAACAAGCGUCGCCGUCUUACUUACCAGAGCCGUAAGCGAGGUAUUCUCGAAACCGACCUUUUAUUAUCCACUUUUGCAAAGAAUUGGUUACCUGCAUUUGAUCAUGCGCAGCUUGAAGAAUAUGACAAGUUACUUGACGAGCCAGAUUGGGAUAUUUUCUAUUGGGCCACUAAUAAAAAGCCUAUCCCAGCCAGAUGGCAAGAGUCUAAAGUGUUGGCUAUGAUUAAAGAACAUGCUAAAAACGAAGACAAGAAAGUGCUUCGUAUGCCUGAUUUAGAAACAAAGGAUGCUUAA